AUGGAGCAGCGCGUUGCACAAACGGAGAAGGAUAUGUUGUGGAUCAAAACGGCGCUGACGACCCUCCUACGCGCACCGGGUUACUCGGGACCAGGAGACAGUACAAACAUCGGGUUCUCAAGCCCGGUUUCCGUCGCACAACAGUCCGCUCCGUCAACACCAGUCCAAAACACAGGAAACGGGAUCCUUCCAACACCACCGGUCGCGACACAGCUUAAAGCUGCCAUCUUUAUUCCGUUGGAGCCCGCAAAGGUCCAAAGUCAAGACCUUUCGGAACCCACACCUACGAUUCAGAGCAAAAAGGUAGAUCUGCCCUUGUAUGAAGGAAGUAACCCAGACGAUUGGUUGUUUAGGAUGGAAAAAUGUUUUGGGAUGAACAACGUACCUGAGUCAGAGAAGCUGGAGCAAGCUCUCACGUGUCUCACAGGUGCGGCGGUUACUUGGUGGAGGUUUUCGCAGGAAAGGGAACAUAUUAGUACCUGGAAGGACUUCAGAGACAAGUUUAAAGUGCGGUUCAAACCCAGCAGAGGUAGCGCCUCAGUGGAUCGAUUUCUGAGUAUGACUCAAAAGGGGAGUGUGGAUGAGUACAGAGAUAAGUUUGAGGAACUCUCAGUGGAGCUUCCUCACGUUCCGGAUGAUGUACUUGAGUCGGCGUUCCUCAAGGGGUUGAAGAAGAGCUUACGAGAUCAGGUGAUGAGAUGCAGACCUGUAGGAAUGGCAGAUAUUGUGGAUGUGGCGAGACUGAUAGAGUCACAGGAAGGAGACGGUUCAAGCUAUUAUAGAAGAUCGAUUCCAAAAACUGUGGCUGCUCCUGGGGCGAAUUUCUCCAAUCGCAACGUGAGCAGUAGCAGUAACUGGAGGAGCGGAGAUGGUGGUACAAAUAAGAACUCGACGAGGUUUCAAGGAGGAGGAAAACCCAAGCUUUGUAACUAUAACUGUGGUGAAAAUUGGGUGCCUGGUCAUCGCUGUAAACAGAGGUUUAAAGCCAUGGAGGUAGAAGAGAUACUGGGAAAGGAUGAAGAGGAGAUAGAUGGUCAGCAGGAGGCUGAGGCAGACAUGGAAACGGAAGAGGAGCCCCAAGAGUUGGUAACCCUGUCAUUACAAUCGAUGGCAGGGCUUACUACGGAGAGGUCGAUGAAAAUGAAGGCAAGGAUUGGAGAGAAGGAUGUCGUGGGGUUUGGAGUACUUGUGGGUGGAGGCAAAAUCGUGCCCGGUCAUGGAAGGUUCACAGGGGUCAGACUAGAUAUCCAAGGAGUGGAGAUUACUGAGGAGUUCUUGAUGUUUGAGUUAGGAACUACAACGGAUGUGGUGCUGGGGUAUACGUGGUUGGCAUCUCUAGGAGAUACACGGGCUAAUUGGGCUCGGAGGAUGUUGAGCUGGAAGAUUGAGGACCAUUGGGUGACCAUUAAGGGAGAUCCGGAGUUGAGCAAAGAACCGAUUUCUCUACGGUCAAUGGAAAAGGUUAUUGACAUGGAAGGUGGGGGAUAUUUGCUGGAAUUGACCACACUUUUUGAAGGAGAGAAGUCUGAUAAUAAGGGUGAGUACCAUGAGAAGGUUAAUCCGAUAUUAGAUGAGUAUCAAUCAGUGUUUGAGAUGCCAAACGAGCUUCCUCCCGAGAGAAGUCGUUCUCACGCUAUCACGCUUCAAUCAGGAACAGCUCCGGUGAACAGUAGGCCUUACCGGUACUCAUUCAUUCAGAAAAACGAGAUAGAGAAGCUGGUUCAGGAGAUGAUGGCAGCCAGGAUCAUAAGACCAAGUGUCAGCCCGUACUCGAGCCCGAUUCUCCUGGUGAAGAAGAAGGAUGGAGGAUGGCGGUUCUGUGUCGAUUACAGGGCCCUGAACAAGGUAACUAUUCCGGACCGGUACCCGAUUCCGAUCAUAGAAGAACUCUUAGAUGAACUAAAUGGAGCAAAGGUGUUCUCCAAGCUGGAUCUUAAGUCGGGUUACCACCAGAUCAGGGUGAAGAGCAGUGACGUUGAGAAAACUGCGUUCAAGACACACCAGGGACAUUACGAGUUUCUAGUGAUGCCGUUUGGGCUCACGAAUGCGCCUUCUACUUUCCAGAGCGUGAUGAAUGAGCUGUUCAGACCACAUCUUAGACGCUUCGUGCUGGUAUUCUUCGACGACAUUCUAAUCUACAGCCGAGAUGUCGAAUCCCAUCAGCGUCACCUACAGAUAGUUUUGGAUUUGAUGAGACAGCAUAAGUUUUACGCCAACCUCAAGAAGUGUUCAUUUGGGGAGAGUGAGGUGUCGUACUUGGGGCAUCGAAUUUCAGCAGAGGGUGUAGCGGCUGAUCCUGAGAAGAUAGAAGCUAUGGUUAAGUGGCCUGAGCCUAAGUCAGUGACGGAGUUGAGAGGUUUUUUGGGUCUCACGGGCUACUAUUGCAGGUUUGUCAAAAACUAUGGAUUGAUCGCUCGACCUUUGACGGUACUGCUGAAGAAGAACGGGUUCACCUGGUCGGAGGAGGCCACUAAGGCGUUUAAAGCGUUAAAGACGGCAGUCACCACGUUACCGGUGUUGAUAUUGCCAGACUUCUCCAAGGAGUUUACUAUAGAGACGGAUGCUUCAGGAGCAGGAAUUGGGGCUGUCCUGUCUCAAGAAAGGAGACCAAUUGCAUUCAUCAGUCAAGCCUUCUCAACAACGGGUAGGGUCAAGUCAGUUUACGAGAGAGAGUUACUGGCGAUAGUAAAGGCAGUGAUGAAAUGGAAGCACUACUUGGGAAGCAGAGAAUUCGUAAUUAAAACUGAUCAGUGCAGUCUGCGUCAUCUGUUGGAUCAAAAGGCUGUAUCAUCGGUUCAGCAGAGGUGGGCCGCUAAACUCAUAGAGUUGAACUACAGGAUAGAAUACAAACCUGGAGUAGAGAACCGAGUAGCGGAUGCGUUAUCCCGGAGAAGCCAUCAAGAAGAGUUGCAGCUGAUGUUAACGGCACCAUUGUCAUUGGACAAGGAGGAGUUAAAAGACGAGAUAAGGAGAGAUGUGGAGUAUGGUCCAAUAGUGAGCAGAUUGGAAAAAGGAGAAGUAGUAGACAAUGGGUUCUCGCUGGAGAAGGGAAAUCUGUAUAAGCAGGGUUGUCUAGUGAUUUCAAAAGGGUCAAGGUUUAUACAGGCAUUGUUGGCACAGUUCCAUGACAGUGCAGUUGGGGGCCACAAAGGAGCACUAAAAAUUUACAAAAGAAUGACGCUGGAAGUAUUCUGGGUUGGAAUGAGGAAGGCAGUAGUAGAUUACAUCCGCAAGUGCCAAGUGUGUCAGGAAAACAAGUACGCCACACUCUCACCGGCAGGACUCUUAGCUCCACUACCGAUUCCGACGAAGAUAUGGAGUGACAUUAGUCUUGACUUCGUGGAAGGACUUCCAACCUCUCGCGGGUUUAGUGUCAUCCUCGUGGUGGUGGACCGUUUAAGCAAGUAUGGACACUUUAUUCCACUGAAGCAUCCUUUCACGGCAAAGACGGUAGCGGAGGCGUUUGUCAGGGAAGUGAUUAAACUUCAUGGGUUUCCGGAGACACUGGUUUCAGAUAGGGACAAGGUUUUUCUGAGUAGCUUUUGGUCGGAGUUGUUCAAGCUACACGGAUCCCUCUUGCACAAAAGCACUGCCUACCAUCCACAGACGGAUGGACAAACGGAGGUAGUCAACAGAUGUUUGGAGACAUACUUAAGGUGUUUUGCAGGGAGAAAACCAACCUCUUGGAUACAGUGGUUGCCUUGGGCCGAGUAUUGGUACAAUACGUCUUUCCACUCGUCGACAAAGACCACACCCUUCAUGGCUGUUUACGGAAGAGAACCGCCUAAGUUGCUGCGUUAUGGAGACACACCGACUCCAAACGCCUCUGUCGAGGAGUUGCUUAGAGACAGAGAUAGUUUACUGGUGGAGCUGAGAGAGAAUUUGGAAGUGGCGCAGAAACAGAUGCAGAGGAGUGCGAAUCUACAUCGCCGAGAUGUUGAGUAUAAGGAAGGUGAUUGGAUGUAUCUUAAGUUGCGUCCGUAUCGGCAAGGCUCACUCGCUAAGAGGAGGAACGAGAAGCUAGCGAAGAGGUACUUUGGCCCUUACCAAGUGAGUCAACGCAUUGGGAAGAUGGCGUACAAACUGCAGUUACCAGCGCAGAGCCAAAUCCAUCCAGUGUUCCAUGUUUCUCAACUGAAGCUUGCGAUUCCUUCGGGUGAACAGGCACAAGAGAUUCCGCCAAUCUUGAAUGCCGAGUUGGAAUGGGCUACAGAACCUGAAGACUUGUUGGAUGUCCGCCGUGCAGAGAACGGUUUAGCAACGGAGGUGAAAGUCAAGUGGAAGGGACUUCCGGAGUUUGAAUCCACAUGGGAGACUUUGACGGAUGUGGCUUCACAAUUUCCAGAGUUCAACCUUGCGGACAAGUUUGGUUCAUUUGGGGGGAGUAUUGAUAGGUUGGGAGUUCCGUUGGCCUUUAUGAAGAGGAAGAAGAGAGCCGGAGGAAGACGAGCUCGAGUUUGGGGAAAGAAAGGACCAAGUGGCUAA